UCAGGUUUGCCUCAGUUGGGCUACCCGGAAGUGGAACCGAUCAUUCUGGACGAGUUACACAUCGCCCUUGGCGGAGGACCGGAUGGGUACAGAGCUCAGUUCAAGAACAUCACCGCGAAAGGAGUGUCGACGCUGCGAGUGACAGGGCUGAGGGCCAGGCUGUCGGACGACGAGGUGCAAUUGCAGUUGGCCCUGAGUAUUCCAAAAAUUCGCGCCGCGGCCAAGUACAGGUCCAGCGGCACUCUGCUUCUGGUGAAAGCCAGCGGAGCCGGGGACUACUGGGGCGAAUACG